AGCAGCAGCAGCAGCAGCAGGAGGAGGAAUAAGAAGAAGAAGGGCCCCAGCGCGAGCCGUCUCCGGUCGUGCGCAUGCGCCGCGGGUGGCCUCUCCUUCUUCCCCGCUGUAUGAGGGAAGCCGGGCUGGGAAGCGUCGCGCGGAUGGUGGCUGCUGGUGUUGCUGCUGCUGUUGGCUGCAGGCCGGAUUGAUAGCCUCACAAACUGCCUGACCUCUAGGUUCUUCAGAACCUUGUUUCCAUCCCUGCCUCAGUCACUCUCAUUAAGUUCAAAUGCGGUCACUGUUCUGUUUUCCAGGUUAGUGGUGGCUGGAUCCAAAGGGACUGACUUCUUUAACCCCAGCUAUUCCAUCUCCUCAAACAUGGCUGGAGGCAUCACUGAUACAGGGGAACUGUACUCUCCUUAUGUCGGUCUGGUGUACAUGUUCAAUCUGAUAGUUGGGACAGGAGCUUUAACUAUGCCGAAGGCCUUUGCCACAGCUGGUUGGCUUGUCAGCCUAAUCCUAAUAAUGUUCCUAGCAUUCAUGAGCUAUAUGACUACAACAUUUGUAAUUGAGGCCAUGGCUGCAGCAAAUGCUCAGCUUCGCUGGAAGAAGAUGGAAAAGCACAAGGAAGAUCAUGAGGAAGAAGAUUCUUCUUCUGGAGUUUCUGAUAGUGAUGUUCUCCUCCCUGACAGCCAUGAACGGUCAGAGACACACCCUAUCCUGUCCAUUCAAAGACGAGGAGCACCUAACAUUUUUGAAAUCUCUGAAAGAGUGGAGAUGGGACAGAUGGCUUCUCUGUUCUUCAACAAAGUGGGAGUCAAUUUGUUUUAUUUCUGUAUAAUCAUCUACCUCUAUGGUGAUCUGGCAAUAUAUGCAGCUGCUGUUCCAGUUUCACUCAUGCAAGUGUCCUGUAGCAGGAUUGGCAAUCAUUCAUGCAGUGUUGAAGAUAGUAUAAAGUAUAACGAUACAGACAAAUGCUGGGGGCGAAUCAGAAGGAUUGAUGCUUACAGAAUUUAUCUGGCAGCAUUUACCCUUCUCUUGGGUCCAUUCACAUUUUUUAAUGUGCAGAAAACAAAGUAUCUGCAGAUCAUGACAUCAAUGAUGAGGUGGAUAGCAUUUGUCAUCAUGAUAAUUUUAGCACUCCUCCGCAUCACUAAGGGUCAUGGGGAAGGUCAUCCUCCGCUGGCACAGCUCACAGGAAUUGGCAAUCUUUUUGGGGUAUGCAUUUAUUCCUUCAUGUGCCAACAUUCCCUGCCAUCCCUAAUUACUCCCAUCUCUAAGAAGAAACAUGUUAACAAGUUGGUCCUUCUGGAUUAUGUCUUAAUUCUGGGUUUCUACAGCCUCCUGUCAUUUACUGCUAUCUACUGCUUCCGCAAUGGGACACUCAUGGACAUGUACACACUCAACUUCACGAACUGUGAUAUUGUCAAUAAUGCCGUCAUCCGCUAUUUCCUAGGCCUCUUUCCAGUCUUCACCAUCAGUACCAACUUUCCUAUAAUUGCUGUAACUUUGAGAAACAAUUGGAAGACCCUUUUCCACCGAGAAGGGGAAACUUACCCAUGGAUAGUAGAUAGAUUUGUUUUUCCAGUCAUCACACUGAUUCCCCCCAUUAUUGUGGCUUUCUGCACUCAUGAUCUGGAAAAGUUGGUUGGCAUCACUGGAGCCUAUGCUGGAAAUGGGAUCCAGUACAUCAUCCCUGCCUUCUUAGCAUACUGUAGCCGAAAAGACACUCAGCUGGUCUUUGGAAGUGGCACACUCAAUAAACAUUUGUCCCCUUUCCGGCACACUUUAUGGAUAGGAUUUGUGCUCCUCUGGGGUCUUUUUUGUUUUCUGUUUGUGACUGCAAACAUUGUCUUGAAUGAAACAAAGCUUUGAUGAUGGAACAAUGCUGUUUGUUACAGAAGAACCUGGAAGUGACUUCUGAGACAUUAAGGACAGUUAAAUAAUCAACUUACAUGAGCAGUAUGCUCGCUUUAUUAAUUCUGGGUGAAAUGCUGCCCUUUUUAAUUCAGAUUUUCUGUUCAUUAUAUAAAGUUGUGGACUUGAGCACUCCAGCAGGUGGCUACAGUUGCCUGGUACCUGACCUACUGACCUGGCCACCUACAGGCUGUCAUCAUCUUCUCUUGUACUGUGAUAUAUCAGAGGCUGUCAGAUACGCAUAUCAUCCUCAAGAAUGAUGCAGAAGACCAAUGCUGCUGUUGUCGGCCAAGAAAGCAAGCAGUGGAUCAAGCAAGCAAUGAAUCUUCAUCAUGUUUAUUAUCUCUCUAAAGUGACUUUCUCUUCUUCUAAAUAACAGGAAACAAAACAAAACAGGAGCAGGGUGGACAUAAUAGUCUUCAUAGCUGUUAUCAUGUUGUAUGGUAUGCAAGACACACUAAACUGUAGAAUGGUGGAAGGUAAUGCUUCAGUGGUAGUCUUUAUCCCACAUAAAUGCUUUUUCUAUCCCCCCUCCCUCCAGGUUUUAUUGUUUCUUCCAUUUCUGUUACAGUACAGCCUUUCCAACACACAUGUACCUUAAUGCAUAUGAUGUGGUCCCUGGAAUUAGAUUUAAAAAUGCUGUGUCAGGUCUAAAUGAAUAAUUUCAUCAGAUUUUUUUUUAAAGCUGUUGUUUGUUGUUGUUUUUGUACUUCAUUUCCAGUCUCAGAUUUUCUUUCUUUUGUUCUUUAUAUACACUGUGUGGGUAAGAAAGAUGUAUUGUUAAGACAUACAGACUUGAGUGGCACAGAAACCUUGCUUAAUGAAAAAUAAAAGGGAAAUCCUGCUUCCACAGUU